UCCUUCUCUCUCGUGCACUGCAAUCUCAUCAAUGUCAUCAUCCUGAUGCUGACCUACCUUUAUUAUCUUUAUUCUUCCUCAUCUUCUUCCCAGCUGAACGCUAAAACCCAAUUCAAUUUCAAUUUCACUCGCUUUCCCCUUCGAAGAUAUUCCCGUCAACAAUUUUUCAGUUUAUGCAUACUGAAACUGAAAACUAUUAAGGUCUUUUUUUUUUUCUUUUUUUUGCGUCCAAUCCUUUCUAUGGCCACUCAAACAUCCUCCUUUCUUUCUUCUUCCUCUUCUUCUUGGAAAUACGAUGUGUUCCUAAGUUUUUGCAGUUUUGACACCUGCAAGACUUUUGCAGACCAUCUCUAUACUGCUUUGAAACAAAAGGGUAUUAUCACCUUUAGGGAUGAUGAGAAACUUGAGCGAGGAAAGUAUAUUUCUACUGAGAUCUUGAAAGCAAUAGAAGGAUCCAAGUAUGCAAUUGUUGUUAUCUCAAAAAACUAUGCUUCUUCAAAGUGGUGCCUAAUUGAACUAGCAAAGAUUGUUGAGUGUAUGAUGGAGACCAGAUUAACAGUUUUGCCCGUCUUUUACCAUGUGGAUUACUCUGAAGUACGAAACCAGAUGGAAAAUCUUGCUGAAACCUUUACUAAACAUGAGAAAGACCCCAUGUUUAACAAAGAGGAUGUGCAAGAUUGGAAAGAUGCAUUGAAAGAAGUGGGCAAUAUCUCCGGAUGGUAUAUAAAUGAUAGGCAUGAAUCAACAGCUAUCCAAGAAAUCCUUCAAAGCAUAUCUAGUGAAUUGAAUCCUAUAAUUCAAAGUACUAUUUCCAAGAAACUUGUUGGAAUAGAAUCCUGUGCAAGGGAAAUGUUGGAUUUAUAUUUAGAUGAAAGGUUAGGUGGUGUUUGCUUUUUAGGGAUUUGCGGGAUGGGUGGAAUGGGUAAAACAACUCUUGCACUAGAUAUUUUUGAAAGAAUUUCAGGUAGCUUUGAAGCUAGCAGCUUUAUAGCCAAUGUAAGAGAAAAGACUAAAAAUCAACAUCUAGUUUCUUUGCAGAAACAACUUCUUUCUGACAUCCUAAAGGGAAGUAAAAUAAAUAUAUGGAAUGUUUUUGAGGGGAUCAAUAACAUAGGGAAUAGACUACAUGAUAAAAAGGUUAUUAUUGUUCUUGAUGAUGUUGAUGAAGAAAAACAACUAGAAGCAUUAGCUGGGAACCAUGAUUGGUUUGGUCUAGGGAGUAGAAUCAUUGUAACGGGCAGAGAUAGCCAUUUGUUGAGAAGAUGUGUGGAUUACAUAUACACAGCAAAGGGGUUGAAUAAUGAUGAAGCUUUGCAACUCUUUAGUUUGAGUGCUUUCAAGAAACCAUAUCCUAAAGAAAAUUAUGUAGAUUUGUCUAUGUAUUUUGUGAAUUACACUAAUGGCCUUCCUUUAGCUCUUAAAGUUUUAGGUUCUUUGUUGUUUAAUAAAAGUGUAGAUGAAUGGAAAAGUGCCAUAGAUAAACUUAAAGCAGAACCUGACAAAGAAAUUUUGGAUGUUCUUCAAAUAAGUUUUGAUGGGCUAACAUACAUGCAGAAAGAAUUAUUUUUAGAUAUUGCUUGUUUUUUCAAAGGAGAGAACAAAGAUUGCAUAAGAGAUAUACUUCAAAGUUUUGGUUAUUAUCCAGACUACAAUAUUGGUGUUCUUAUUGACAAAUCUCUCAUAACCAUUAAUAAAGAGGGAACUUUGUGGAUGCACGAUUUGCUACAAGAAAUGGGUCAAGAAAUUGUUCGUUGUGAAUCCCCUAAAGAGCCCAGUGGACGUAGUAGGUUGUGGCUUUAUGAGGAUGUCCUUCAUAUAUUGAAGAAUAAUACUGGAACAGAUGUAAUUGAAGGCAUAGUGCUAAACACGCCUUUUCAAAAAGAGGAACACUUAAACGCUGAAACCUUCUCAAAGAUAAAAAAAUUGAGAUUGCUUAAAAUUAACAAUAUGCAGCCUCCACAAGGCCUCAUUAGAGGUAAUGUGCAACUUCCACAAGGCCUUAGUUAUCUUUCUAAUGAGUUACGUGUUAUAGAAUGGCAUGGAUAUCCUUUAAAAUCUAUGCCAUCUAGUUUUCAACCAAACAAACUUGUUGAACUCAGAAUGCAUUGCAGCCGCAUCAAACAACUGUGGAAAGGAAUUAUGAAUUUAGGCGAGUUGAAACUCAUUGACCUGAGUGAUUCUCAAAACUUGAUUGAGACCCCGGACCUUAGUGGAGCCUCAAAUCUUAAGCAAUUGAUUCUUCAAGGUUGUACAAGACUAUGUAAGAUUCAUGGAUCGCUUGGAAAUCUCAAAUGGCUUAUUCGAUUGGAUUUGAGUGGCUGCCAAUGCCUUGAAAGUCUUCCAGAAAAGAUCAACCUAGAAUCUCUUGAAGUUUUUAUUCUUGCUGGUUGUUCAAGACUAAAGAAGUUUCCAGAGGUUGCCUGUUAUAGUUUGAUGCCUCUAAAAAUUCUUACUUUAUCUGGCUGCUUAAAACUUGAUGAAUUGCCAGAAAAUUUGGGGAAGUUUGAAGUCUUGGAGGAGUUAGAUGUGAGCGGAACUGCUAUAAAAGGGCUACCUAAAUCCAUCAAUCUCUUAAAAAAUCUCAGACUACUAUCUCUUCAUGGAUGUGGAGGGAUAUCACCUAAAUCUUCGAAUAAACUCCUCAAUUUUCCUUUAAUGCUUGAAAGAAGUAUAGAUCCCAUGGGCAUGUUGGCCCAUACUCUAUCAGGCUUAUGCUCUUUGACCAAACUAGAUCUAAGUUAUUGCAAUCUUCAGAAAAUUCCCGAUGUUAUUGGCUGUUUGGGGUUUUUAUUACAAUUAGAUUUACAAGGAAAUAAUUUUGUUUGCCUUCCUGAAAGUAUGACUCAACUAUCUAAUCUGAAAUUUCUUUAUUUAACUUAUUGCACGAGUCUUCGAUCAUUGCCAAAGCUUCCAUCAAAUAUUGAGGCAAUUACUGCAAGAGGGUGUAACUCACUAGAAACAUUAUCAAUUAGCCCAGAUUACAAUUUUUGCCCAUCACUCGACCUUCACAAUUGCCUCAAAUUAAUUGAGAAUCAAGGGUACGGUGAUGUGUUGUCAACAAUGCUAAGACGUUAUUUCAUUAAGAGUCACUGUAAGCAAAGCUCAUAUAGUCUCGUGAUUCCUGGAAGUCAAAUUCCAAAAUGGUUUAGCCACCAAAAUGUGGGGGCUUCAGUGAAUUUGCAAGUGCCUUCACAUUUAUGUAACAAAUUCAAGGGAAUUGUGGUGUGCAUUGUUUUUGUACUCCACCAGAAACUCUUUAGUAUUAAUGAUUGUGGAUUUAUGAGAUGUACGCAUAAGCUUCGGCGUUCCAUUAAAGCCAACGGAUAUGAAGCUGGCUCAUCGUACCUUCUUUUAUCCAAAGAUAUUCGUAAGAUUGAAUCAUAUCAGCUUCAGCUGGAAUAUUAUCCCUCUACAUGCUUUGGAAAGGGCUGGAUGAAAGAAUUGAAUAGAGUCAACGCUAAUGGAUUCAGCCAGAUUGAGGUUACAUUAGAAACCGAAGGUCCAGGCUUGGAGGUUACCAAAUGCGGGGCCCAUUUGGUAUUUGAGCAAGACAUUGAACAUCUCAACCAAACUAUGGCUGGGUGUAGUAGCUGCAUCAUCACUCCUUAUGAGGAUGAUUUACAAGAUUCAGCAAAAGAUACCAAAAUAAAGCGAAGCCGUGAUGACUCUUAUGGGGAUGGAGCUGGACCAAGUGAAGAAGGUACCUCUAAUGAUGCACCUCACCGAAAGAGGAUACGGCUCCCUAAUCUGAUUGAAAGAUUCAUUCCACAUUUGGGAAAUUGGAUUGGGAAUUUAAGCACACAAGGACAAGGUGAUUCUGAUUGUGAAGAGGAAUCCCAGGGAAAGGGGUAGCUUACAUGAAUCUGCACAGCUGAUCAACUUGUUUUCUUUGAUUUUUUUUGCCCCGUACUGGAUAAGCAUGAAGAAGUUAUUGGACGUCGUUGGCAAGGACAAAGUGUCACAUUGCAGCUGACGAUAAAACAUGUGCAACUGAUUGUAUGGUAGUCAUUUUUAUUCAAUUGUGUCGCCGGGGGGGGGGGGGGUAGAUUCAGAACUUUUGUUGUUGCUCUCUUUUUAUAAUAUUGUAAAAUCAAAUAGACGCAUGUCAUUCCAUGCAAUUUCAACAUUCAAGGAAAUUCCUUUUGCUUCUCUCAA